UUAGUAUAAUGUUUAUUUGGAACUACGUGGCUAAUGGUUCCGAAACUAUAACUGCUGCAAAUUAAAACACGCUUUCUUGUCUUCAUUCAGUUAGUGUUAGCUAGUGUCAGAAAGUACACUGAGCUACUAAUACGAAGACCAGACUUUUUCCAAACUUGGAUACCCCUGUUCUACUUUUGAGUUUUAUAUAUGAUUUCUUUCUAGUCAAUCUCAGUAGGUAUUGAAGAAAUAAUUGCAUCUUUGUGAAUCUUGAAACCCUUUUACUUUUUCUUUCUAAUGGAGCGUUAUGAGUUUGUGAAGGAUUUGGGUUCUGGUAAUUUUGGAGUAGCUAAGCUUGUUAGAGAUAAACUUACCAAACAGCUCUUUGCUGUCAAGUUCUUUGAAAGAGGCCAAAAGAUUGAUGAACAUGUACAAAGAGAAAUUAUGAAUCAUAGAUCAUUGAGUCAUCCAAAUAUUAUCAGAUUCAAAGAGGUAUUGCUGACACCUACUCAUCUAGCAAUAGUAAUGGAGUACGCUGCAGGCGGAGAACUCUUUCAGAGGAUUUGUAAAGCUGGAAGAUUCAACGAAGAUGAGGCCAGAUUCUUCUUUCAACAAUUGAUAUCAGGGGUUAGCUACUGCCAUUUCAUGCAAAUCUGUCAUAGAGAUCUCAAAUUGGAAAAUACAUUACUGGAUGGAAGUGCUGCACCACGAGUCAAAAUAUGUGAUUUUGGUUACUCCAAGUCAUCUCUCUUUCAUUCUCAACCCAAGUCCACUGUAGGGACACCAGCUUAUGUUGCACCAGAGAUCUUAUCAAAGAAAGAAUAUGACGGCAAGGUUGCAGAUGUUUGGUCUUGUGGAGUCACUUUAUACGUAAUGCUGGUUGGAGCUUAUCCAUUUGAAGAUCCCAGUGAUCCAAAAAACUUGAGAAAGACCAUUUCUAGAAUAUUUAGCGUCCAGUACUCAAUUCCAAAACAUGUCCAAAUUUCCAUGGAGUGCGAGCAUCUCUUAUCCAGGAUUUUUGUGACAGAUCCUGAAAAGAGAAUAACCAUUCCGGAAAUUAAAAAGCAUCCCUGGUUUUUGAAAAACUUACCUGUCGAAUUCAUGGAAGAAGGACGACACGAAUGCAUUGAUGUAAAUAACCCGAGUCAGAGUAUGGAAGAAGUAUUGGCAGUAAUAGAGGAGGCAAGAAUUGAUUUACAGGUAUCUAAGGUUGUAGCAAAUGCAUGUGAAGGCAGCAUGGAACUUGAUGAAUUAGAUGAUGAAGAUAUUGAAACAAGUGGUGAUUUUGUUUGUGAAUUGUAAUGUGUGUGGGGACAAUGUUGUAACUUACCGAAAGAGAAUGAGUUUAGAAUGCUGUAAAUUCCAAGUGACUCUGAGUUCUCUAUGUACAGAUAGGUUACGUUUUUACUAGGUGUAACUUUCUUUCCUUUGUCAUUUGGAAUUGAUGGUUUCCUAUAGAUAACAAGGACAACAAACUGAAAUUCAGAAGUAAGUAUAGAAUGACUAGAUGAAAAAACUUAAGUA